AUGUGGAAAUCUUACUGGUCACUAUGGAUUGGCGCAGCAUUAUUCCAUUGUUCUGUGUGCGUUCUGCCUUCGUUGAGCGAUAACAAUGUCCUACACAUCGGUGGCAUCUUCCCGAUUGCGGGAAAAGGAGGAUGGCAAGGUGGACAAGCUUGUAUGCCUGCCGCAAAUCUCGCUCUCGAAGACGUCAACAGCCGGAAGGACCUGCUCCCUGGAUACAUUCUCAAAUUACACAGCAACGACAGCGAGUGCGAGCCAGGCUUGGGUGCAAGUGUCAUGUACAAUCUUCUAUACAAUCAACCCCAGAAGCUGAUGCUGCUAGCAGGAUGCAGCACAGUCUGUACGACAGUCGCCGAGGCUGCCAAAAUGUGGAACUUGGUUGUGUUAUGUUAUGGUGCCAGUUCUCCGGCUCUUUCGGAUCGCAACCGUUUUCCCACGCUGUUCCGAACUCAUCCAUCUGCCACAGUCCACAAUCCGACGAGGAUUAAGUUGAUGAAGAAGUUCGGAUGGUCACGAGUGGCCAUCCUGCAACAGGCCGAGGAGGUCUUCAUUUCAACAGUUGAAGAUCUGGAAUCGAGGUGCACGGAUGCUGGAAUUGAAAUCGUGACCAGACAAUCUUUUUUAUCCGAUCCCACCGAUGCCGUACGUAACCUGAGACGUCAGGAUGCACGAGUCAUUGUUGGCCUAUUUUACGUCGUCGCCGCUCGUCGGGUUCUUUGUGAAAUGUACAAGCAGAAUCUAUAUGGACGAUCCUACGUCUGGUACUUUAUUGGUUGGUACGAGGACAACUGGUUCGAAAUAAACUUAAAGAAGGAAGGGAUCGAGUGCACCGUGGAACAGAUGAGACUCGCCGCCGAAGGUCAUCUGACAACCGAAGCCCUAAUGUGGAACCAGAAUCUGAACGAGCGGACCAUCUCAGGAAUGACUUCGGAGGACUUUCGGCUUCGGUUGAACGACGUUCUAAGAGAGGAAGGUUAUGACAUCGAUAAGCAGCGCUAUCCAGAAGGAUAUCAGGAAGCCCCACUCGCCUAUGACGCCGUUUGGUCCGUUGCGUUAGCAUUCAAUAAGACUAUGGAUCGCCUUCAUAAAUACGGAAAGAGCUUGAAAGAUUUCAACUACAACAAUAAGGAGAUAGCUGAUGAUAUUUAUUCCGCCAUAAAUUCGACGCAAUUUUUGGGAAUUUCUGGUUUCGUUGCGUUCAGUUCCCAAGGAGAUCGCAUAGCUCUAACUCAGAUAGAGCAAGUUAUAAACGGCAAUUACGUCGUUUUGGGCUACUACGAUACGCAGGCGGAUAAUUUAACUUGGUUCGACAGGGAAGUUUGGAGUGGUGGUAAAGUGCCUCAAGAUCGAACAAUCAUUAGGAGAGUACUACGUACCGUUUCCCUACCCCUCUUCAUCUGUAUGUGCAUCAUCUCCAGUUUAGGCAUUAUAGUCGCUGUUGGCCUUAUAGUUUUUAACAUCUGGAAUAGCCAUAGAAGAGUCAUACAAUCAUCGCAUCCCGUUUGCAACACAAUAAUGUUAUUCGGAGUGAUCAUAUGUUUGGUCAGUGUAUGUCUGCUAGGUCUGGAUGGUCAUUUUAUUCCUCCAGAUGCCUAUUCCAGCUUAUGCCAAGCGAGGACAUGGAUCAUAACCAUAGGAUUCACACUUUCUUAUGGAGCGAUGUUCAGUAAAGUGUGGCGUGUCCAUCGACUGACCACAAAGGCCAAAAGUGACCCGAAGGCUAGAGCAUUGUUGCAGAAAAAGGUGCAACCCUGGAAACUGUACUCGAUGGUGGCCGGAUUACUGGUAAUCGACUUUGUACUACUCUUAGUGUGGCAGCUCCUGGAUCCUCUCCUGCGGAAAGUCGAACUAUUUCCUUUAGAAGAUCCAAUUUCCGCGUCUGAUGACUCAAAGAUACUACCCGAAUUGGAGCACUGCGCUAGCGAGAACAAUAUAGUUUGGCUCUCGAUCAUCUACGGCUACAAAGGGCUCGUUCUGGUGUUCGGAUUGUUCCUUGCAUACGAAACUCGAUCUGUUAAAGUAAAACAGAUAAACGAUUCCAGAUACGUAGGCAUGAGCAUCUACAACGUUGUCAUUCUAUGUCUGAUCACUGCCCCCGUGACCAUGGUCAUUGCCAGUCAGCAGGACGCGAGUUACGCGUUCAUCGGUCUUGCAAUUGUCUUCUGCUGUUUCCUGAGCAUGGCCCUGAUAUUCGUGCCGAAGGUCAUCGAAGUUAUCCGUCAUCCCAAAGAUAAGGCUGAGAGCAAGUACAAUCCGGACGCGGGGGUCUCUAAGGAGGAAGAGGAAAAGCUACAGAAGCUUGUCGACGAGAACGAGGAGCUUCAAAGAUUAAUAGCACAGAAGGAAGAAAAGAUUCAGCUGCUGAAGGAUCGAUUAACCGAGAGGGAGUCGAAAGGAGGAGGAGGCAAUACGGGCAUCCUUCUCGUGCCACCUACCAUCACCCAAGAUACCCAAGAUGAACGUAUCUAACAGCUGCAACUUCGGAUGAUAUUUUUAUCUGGUUGAACAUUACCGAAAAAUAAGAAAGAAAAUAUAACGAAAACCACGCUUGUUUAGUUUAGCCACAAAAUUUGCAACAACCACAAGAACAACGGAAACGUAAACACAAUCAAUCCAUUUUUUAUUUAGAUAUAUAUUUUGAUUCUAAACAAACGUGGGAAACUAUUUACUUCGUCACAAAAUAUUGAAAAGUCCAGAAAAGCAAACACAUUUUCUAAUAAAUUAAU